GAUUGAGGAGUCAGACCAAGGUCCCUACGCCAUCAUCUUGGCCCCAACUCGCGAGUUGGCCCAGCAGAUUGAGGAGGAAACCAUCAAAUUUGGGAAACCUCUGGGUAUCCGUACGGUGGCCGUGAUCGGUGGCAUCUCCCGCGAGGACCAAGGCUUCCGCCUCCGCAUGGGCUGCGAGAUCGUCAUCGCCACCCCAGGGCGUCUCAUCGACGUGCUGGAGAACCGGUACCUGGUGUUGAGCCGUUGCACCUACGUGGUGCUGGACGAGGCGGAUCGUAUGAUCGACAUGGGCUUCGAGCCUGAUGUCCAGAAGAUCCUGGAGCACAUGCCUGUCACCAACCAAAAACCUGACACGGAUGAAGCUGAGGACCCUGAGAAGAUGUUGGCCAACUUUGAGUCGGGGAAACACAAGUACAGGCAGACUGUCAUGUUCACGGCCACCAUGCCACCAGCAGUGGAGCGCCUGGCCCGCAGCUACCUGCGUCGUCCAGCCGUGGUCUACAUCGGCUCUGCUGGCAAACCCCACGAGCGGGUGGAGCAGAAGGUCUUCCUCAUGUCCGAGUCGGAGAAGAGGUGA